UGGACGUCGAUGCAGGAAGCUGGUACCAGGCUGAGGGUCUUUCGAGCACCUGAACCCAAACCCCGGUGACUCCCAUCCCUAGACCACGGGCCAGAGACCGAGACCUUGGGAACCCUUGCUGACUUCUGCAGCUCCCCCUUGUGCCCGGUCUGGGGAUCUGCGAUGCCAUGAAGAUGAGUCUAGUGUGGGUCUCCGCUUUGUUUGUCUUAGAGUCCCGGAACCAGGAGGCUCAAGGAGCUGGUGGUGAUCCUCAGGCAGAAAGAUCCCAGGGGAAGAGCAAGAUCCCUGCCUAUGGUGGUGCAGCACCUGGAGUCGGGCUCCUAUUAGGAGAGCAGACCAGUACCCAAGCUCAGGGGCAGCUGCUCCAUGAGGAACUGAAGCUAGUCUUGCAGCAGAAACAGGAGAGGAAGGAGCCGGAGGCAAUUCCCUGGAGAGCCAUGGAGGCCAGAAGCCGGAGUGCUGAGGAGCUGAAGCGAGCGGAGCUGGUGGAAAUCAUCGUGGAGACCGAGGCGCAGACUGGGGUGAGCGGCAUCAACGUAGCGGGCGGCGGCAGAGAAGGCAUCUUCGUCCGGGAGCUGCGUGAGGACUCCCCGGCAGCCAGAAGCCUCAGCCUGCAGGAAGGGGACCAGCUGCUGAGCGCCCGAGUGUUCUUUGAAAACUUCAAGUACGAGGAUGCACUACGCCUGCUGCAAUGUGCGGAGCCUUACAAGGUCUCCUUCUGCCUGAAGCGUACAGUGCCCACCGGGGACCUGGCGCUGCGGCCUGGGACGGUGGCUGGCUACGAGAUCAAGGGCCCACGGGCCAAGGUGGCCAAGCUGAACAUCCAGAGUUUGUCCCCUGUGAAGAAGAAGAAGAUGGUGUUGCCUGGGGCCCUGGGGACCCCUGCUGAUUUGGCCCCUGUUGACGUCGAGUUCUCCCUUCCCAAGUUCUCCCGUCUGCGUCGGGGUCCCAAAGCCGAGGCUGCUAAGGGGCCUGUCCCAGCUGCCCCUGCCCGUCGGCGCCUCCAGCUGCCUCGGCUCCGAGUCCGUGAAGUAGCCGAAGAGGCCCAGGUAGCCCGAAUGGCUGCUGCCGCUCCUCCCUCAAGGAAGGCCAAAGUGGAUGCCGAGGCAGCCACAGGAGCUCGGUUCACAGCCCCUCAGGUAGAGCUGGUUGGGCCUCGGCUGCCAAUUGCUGAGGUGGGUGUCCCUCAAAUCUCAGCUCCCAAGGGGACCCCGUCAGCAGAGGCAGCCAGCGGCUUCGCCCUCCACCUGCCACCUCUUGGGAUAGGAGCCCCAGCUGCACCAGCGGUGGAGCCCCCAGCCGUAGGGAUCCAAGUUCCCCAAGUGGAGCUGCCUAGCCUUCCCUCUCUACCUACUCUUCCCACACUUCCAUGCCUGGAGACCCAGGAAGGGGCUGGGGUGGUGAAAGUCCCCACUCUUGAUGUGGCAGCACCUUCUGUAGGAGUGGACCUGGCUUUGCCAGGUGCAGAGGUGGAGGUCCUGGGAGAGGGGCCUGAGGUGGCCCUGAAGAUGCCCCGCCUCAGUUUCCCCCGAUUUGGGACUCGAGGAAAGGAAGCUGUUGAGGCUAAGGUGGUCAAAAGAAGCCCUGAGACCAAGGCAAAGGGUCCCAGACUUAGAAUGCCCACCUUUGGGCUCUCUCUCCUGGAGCCCCGGCCCUCUGGCCCUGAAGCUGUUACAGAGAGUAAGCUGAAGUUACCCACCCUCAAGAUGCCCUCCUUUGGCAUUGGUGUGGCCGCGCCUGAGGUCAAGGUACCCAAAGGGCCUGAAGUGAAGCUCCCGAAGGUCCCUGAUGUCAAAAUCCCCAAGGUGCCUGAGGCAGCCCUUCCAGAUGUGCAACUUCCUGAGGUUCAGCUUCCCAAAGUGUCAGAGAUGAAACUUCCCAAGGUGCCGGAGAUGGCUGUCCCUGAUGUUCGACUUCUAGAAGUGCAGCUGCCCAAAGUCCCCGAGAUGAAAUGCCCAAAGAUGCCGGAGGUGGCUGUGCCUGAUGUGCAUCUCCCGGAUGUACAGCUCCCGAAAGUUCCAGAAAUGAAGCUCCCCGAGAUGAAACUCCCAAAGGUGCCAGAGAUGGCAGUGCCUGAUGUGCAUCUCCCGGAUGUACAGCUCCCGAAAGUUCCAGAAAUGAAGCUCCCCGAGAUGAAACUCCCAAAGGUGCCGGAGAUGGCAGUGCCUGAUGUGCAUCUCCCGGAUGUACAGCUCCCGAAAGUUCCAGAAAUGAAGCUCCCCGAGAUGAAACUCCCAAAGAUGCCGGAGAUGGCUGUGCCUGAAGUUCGACUCCCAGAAGUGCAUUUGCCCAAAGUUUCGGAGCUGAAACUUCCCAAGAUGCCAGAGAUGGUCGUUCCUGAUGUUCGACUCCCAGAAGUGCAUUUGCCCAAAGUGUCAGAGAUCAAAGUCCCUGACAUGAAACUUCCAGAAAUAAAACUCCCCAAAGUGCCCGAGAUGGCUGUGCCCGACGUCCACCUUCCAGAGCUGCAGCUGCCCAAAGUGUCUGAGAUUCGGCUGCCAGAAAUGCAAGCACCACAGGUCCCGGAAGUGCACCUUCCCAAGGCGUCGGAGAUGAAGUUGCCCAAGGUUCCCGAGGUGCAGAUAAAAACUGCUGGAGUAGAGCAGGCAGAAGGGACAGAAUUUAGUUUCAAGUUGCCUAAGAUGACCAUUCCCAAGUUGGGUAAGGUGGGCAAGCCAGGUGAGGCAGGUGCUGAGGUUCCUGGGAAACUCAUGACACUUCCCUGUCUGCAGCCAGAGGUAGGCACUGAGGUGGCUCGAGUAGGUGUCCCCACCCUCACUCUGCCCUCUGUGGAGCUAGACCUGCCUGGGGCUCUGGGCCUUGAGGGGCAGGCCCAAGCAGCCCUCUCAGGCAAGGUAGAGAAGCCAGAGGGCUCUAGGGUGACAAUAGGUGUGGGCGAGGUAGGCUUCCGGGUGCCCUCUGUGGAAAUUGCCACUCCACAGCUACCCACGGUGGAAAUUGAAAAGGAACAGCUAGAGAUGAUGGAGAUGAAAGUUAAGCCCUCAUCUUCCAAGUUCUCCUUACCCAAAUUUGGACUCUCAGGGCCCAAAGUGGCCAAGGCGGAGGCAGAGGGGGCUGUGCGUGCCACCAAGCUGAAGAUGUCCAAGUUUGCCAUCUCACUUCCAAAAACUCGAGCAGGGAUGGAGGCAGAAGCCAAAGGGCCUGGGGAGGCAGGCCUGCUGCCUGCCCUUGACCUGUCCAUCCCACAGCUCAGCCUGGAUGCCCAUCUGCUCCCAGGCAAGGUGGAGGUGGUGGGGGCUGAUGGCAAAAUUAAAGGGCCCAAGUUUGGCCUGCCUAAGUUUGGGGUGAAAGGCAGGGACCCUGAGACUGGAGCACUAGUGGCAGGGGAGGCUGAGCUGGAGGGAAAGGGUUGGGGCUGGGAUGGGAAGGUAAGGAUGCCCAAGCUCAAGAUGCCAUCUUUUGGCCUGGCCCGAGGAAAGGAAGUGGAAGUUCAGAGUGGGCGUGUGAGCCCUGGGGAAAAAAUGGAGGCCAUAGCUAGACAGCUUAAGAUCCCUGAAGUGGAGUUGGUCACACCAGGAGCUCAGGAGACAGAAGAGGCCACCAGCGGAGUGAAGCCGGCAGGCCUGCAGGUGUCCACCACUAGGCAGGUGGCCACAGAGGGUCAGGAGGGGGUGCUAAAGGUGCCUGCAUUGGGCAUCUCAGUGCCCCAGGUGGAACUGGCCAGCUUUGGGGACGUGGGCAUUGAGAUCACAGUUCCUUCUGGCCAGGGCACAGCAGGCUCCAGGGUCCAGGUGCCACAAGUGACCCUGGAACUGCCUGGAACACGGGCAAGUGAUGACCUGUUAGUGGGUGAGGGUGUCUUCAAGAUGCCCACAGUGACGGUUCCACAGCUAGAGCUGGAUCUGGGGCUGAACCAUGAGGCACAGGCUGGUGAGACUGCCAAGGGUGAGAGCGGGUUGAAACUGAAGUUGCCCACACUAGGGACGGGAGCCAGAGGAGAGGGCCCUGGGGCUGAACACACCUUCCACCUCUCACUGCCGGAUGUGGAGCUCUCAUCACCUGUGAGCAGCCAUGCCGAGUACCAGGUGGUUGAGGGUGAUGGGGAUGCCGGACACAAACUCAAGGUUCGGCUGCCCAGGUUUGGUCUAGUGAGGACCAAGGAGGGAGCAGAGGAUGGAGAGAAGGCCAAGAGUCCAAAGCUCAGGCUGCCCCGAGUAGGCUUCAGCCACAAUGAGUCAGUUCCUGGAGAAACCUCCCCGAGCCCUGAGGAGGAGGGGGGCAGUGGGGAAGGGGCCUUGGGUCGCCGGGGCCGGGUCAGAGUCCGCUUGCCUCGUGUAGGCCUGGCUGCUCCUUCUAAAAUCUCUAAGGGACAGGAGGGUGAAACAACUUCCAAGUCCCCAGUUGGAGAGAAGUCACCCAAAUUCCGAUUUCCCAGAGUGUCGCUAAGCCCUAAGGCAAGGAGUGGAAGUAGGGACUCAGAAGAAGGUGGAUUCCGGGUCCGGUUGCCCAGUGUGGGGUUUUCAGAGACAGGGACUCCAGGUGCCACCAGGAUAGAGAGCACCCAAGCUGCUGCCAUCUGAAUCCCUGGGCAGAUGGGAACUCUCCUCUUGUCUUCCCAUCCCCAAGUCCAAACCCCCCAAUUUGUUUGUGGCAUAACUAUCACUAAUCUUCAGAUGGCUGAAGGCGGGUAACUGACUGGCAGGGGCUGGGGGCCUGUGCCAUCUUCCUGGCAGAAGUACCUGUAUAUCAUACCAAGUCAUGUGAAUAAAAUAAUCCACA